AUGCAACUCAAACAUUGGUGCCGUAGAUUACUUCCUCAAGGACUUCCAUGUUUGGAUGAGAAGACAAAGCCUAGAAUCUGCAGUUUACCAACCAAGGGAAUUCUUAUUGUGGGUGAGAGAGGAACGGGGAAAACGUCAUUGGAGCUCGCUAUUGCAUCCGAAGCAAGAGUGCCUAUUGUCAAUGUUGAAGCUCAAGAGUUGGAGGCUGGACUAUGGGUUGGUCAAAGUGCAGCAAAUGUCAGGGAACUAUUUCAAACUGCAAGAGACUUGGUUAGAAAGACAAGAUGA